CACGUCUCUCGAUUCAGUUGACUUAGGCUGACGUUCCGUUGACCUUUUCCUGUGAUACGUCUGAUGAAUCAUAUCAGGGUGAAAAACGGAUUUGUAACUUAUAAUUUCACUGUGACUCGCAUAAGAAAGUUGUGAACGAAAGAGAUGUCGAUCCAUCAAGCGAAUGAAGUGGUUGUGAGCGAAGGUGAAGACAAUGUUCCAUUGUCGACGUUAAGAACCAAAGACACAAAGUUAAAGCAGAAGAGGGAGGAGAGUAAGGACAUGCAAGUGAAGAAGAAAGCAAAGUUCGAGUGGAGACCGAGUGAUUAUUGUGCAAAGUCAAUUGGCAAACCGAUUAAGUUUACUGGUAAGGGAGGAAACAAGAAAUGUCAUUACGAGACAUUCGAGUUUCAUGGCAAAGAAUAUAGACUAGAAGACUUUGUGGAAUUGGUUCCAGAAAACGGAAACCAAAAGGCCUACAUAGCGAUCAUCAAGGAUAUUUAUAUACGAGAAAAAGAUGGACUUGUGAAAAUGUUGGUGCAAUGGUUUUACCGCAGAGAAGAUAUCGAAGAAAAACAUGUUGGAAAUUGGAAAUGCGAAGACUCAAGGGAAAUUUUCUUCAGAUUCCAUUAUGCUGAAGUGUUUGCUGAAUCUGUGAAGUACAAGUGUUUUGUGUAUUUCGUGCCAGAUGAUAAGCAAAUUCCAAACCGUAUUCAGCCUUUCGUGCAAAUGGUUUAUGAUAAUGUUCACAAUGAGAUGAGGAAGUUCUCUGAUGAAAGCUUUGACGAGGAGCAAAAGUUUGAGAUUGAUAUUCUUGAGGCAAGGACGAUUUCGAGAAUUGGUGAUCUCGUUGACGUUGAGAAAGUCCAAAUGCCUACGAUUCCGAGGCGUAGAAGAUUAGUUAGGAAGUGUGAGAGAAUGAGUACUUCUAAGCCGAUCUCGGAGAAGUCAAAGUCGUUACCAUCCAGUGAUUUGGAUCGUGACAAGAUAUUGGUGGAGCUUUUAGAAGUAGUACUUAAGAACAUGUGUUGUGAAAGUACGGGGACCACCCGAAAGGAUGUUGUUCAGGUGGUACUUGCUCUUGAGGAGGCUUUAUAUGAUUCUUUCGCAGAUGAUAUACCAAAGUAUAAUUACAAGUUGGAGCUUCUGGUCAAGAGACUCAAGAAUUCAAGAGUGCUAGCUAGAGGACUUCUCAGUGGCAAAUUAAAACCUGAACAAGCUAUAAAGAUGAUCGAGAUGCGAUUGUUAUGUUUAUUACUCUGUUGGAUCUCGUUUCUAACGUUAUCAAUCUCAAUCGUUGCAUCGUCGGAUGAUCAAUUCACCGUCGACGGAACAGUACUAGAACUCACAGAUUCGAAUUUUGAUUCGGCGAUUUCAACUUUUGAUUGCAUCUUUGUUGAUUGCUAUGCUCCUUGGUGUGGCCACUGCAAGCGUCUCAAUCUCGCUUUAUUGCAAGUAGAUGCAACUGCUCCAAUUCUAGCUAUAUUGAAGCAGCUCUAUGACCAUGGAGUUCCAAUGGAGUACUAAGGAUCAAGGAAAGCAGAUUUGCUUGUCCGUUACUUGAAGAAGUUUGUUAUGCUUUGGUAUGCUUCGUUGUUAUAUGCUAUGGAAUUGAGGUUGGCUCUGGUUUGCCUUGUGUGUUAUGUUAUAGACAUGGAAUAUAGUAAUGUGAUCCUU